UUUAUGAUGACGUUGAAUGUUGAUGUGGGCGGUAAGAUGGCGUCCAUGGAGCAGUGUGUCCCGGAACUGGCGGAUAAGGAGAUGCGGGAGAGACUCGCUCUGUGGGACCGGAGCUCCGAGCCCACGGCGCCGCUCACAGACAGACAGACCGACUCCGUGCUGGAGAUCCGCUGCGCCGCCGAGACUCUGCGCGUCCCCGCUGAGCUGCCGAUCGAGGACCUGUGCGUCCUGUCGUCCCGCUCCCUCCUGUCCCCGUUCACGGCCGCCGUUCCCGCCUCCACGGAGGACGUUUUACUGAAGGGCUUCCAGACGCUGCAGCUGGGGAGCGACCGGAUCGAGACGUCUCAGCAGUUCUUCUCCUGGUUCUCCAGUCUGCAGACUCACAUGGACCAGGAAGAGGGAGCCAAAUACAGGACCACGCGGGAGUGCCUGAGCUCUUAUCAGGAGCAGUGUGACGCCAUUUUAACAGACGUUAACGAGGCACUAAACCAUUUGGACUCUCUACAAAAACAAUAUUUAUUUGUCUCUACAAAGACAGGAACGCUGCACGAGGCCUGCGAACAGCUACUGAAGGAGCAGUCAGAACUGGUGGACUUGGCCGAGAGCAUCCAGCAGAAGCUUUCAUACUUCAACGAACUGGAGAACAUCAACACGAAGCUGAACUCGCCCACGUUGUCGGUGAACAGCGAGGGUUUUAUUCCCAUGCUCUCCAAACUGGACGAGUGCAUCGAGUACGUCUCGUCACACCCGAACUUUAAGGACUACCCGGUCUACCUCGCCAAGUUCAGGCAGUGUUUGUCCAAAGCUUUGCAUCUCCUGAAGACUCACAUCAUCAACACCUUACAGAAUCUCACCAACCAGCUCACCAAGAGGGACCCGGCGGCGGCGAACACAGACAACGCCUUCACACUGUACUACGUCAAAUUCAGAGCGGCAGCACCAAAGCUCCGAACGCUGAUCGAGCAGGUUGAACAGCGCUCAGAGAAAAUCCCAGAGUAUCAGCAGCUGCUGGAUGACGUCCAUCAGUGUUAUCUGGAUCAGAGAGAGCUUCUGCUCGCUCCCAGCAUCAGGUCCACCAUCACUGAGCUGACGGGACAGAACAACAAGGACCACUGCGCUCUAGUGCGUAGUGGCUGUGCGUUCAUGGUGCACGUGUGUCAGGACGAGCAUCAGCUUUACAACGAGUUCUUCUCCAAGCCGACAGUCAAGCUGGAUGAGCUGCUGGAGAAGCUGUGCAUGUCUCUGUACGACGUCCUGCGGCCGCUCAUCAUCCACGUGGUCCACCUGGAGACGCUGUCGGAGCUCUGCAGCAUCCUGAAGAACGAGAUGCUGGAGGACCACGUGCACAACAAUGCGGUGCAGUUGUGUGCGUUUGACACCGUGGUGAAACAGAUGUUGGAGGACGUUCAGGAACGACUCGUCUACAGGACACACAUCUACAUUCAGACAGACAUCAGCGGGUACAACCCGGCACUGGGAGACCUGGCCUACCCCGACAAACUGCAGAUGAUGGAGAAAAUCGCCCAGUCUCUGAAGGAGGAGCAGGUGAGACUCGACACCUCCUUCAGCGAUGUCCAUCUAGAGGACUCCGACUCCAGGAAGAUCGGAAAUACAGGAGGAGGCGUUUCUCCUGCUGAUCUACACGGGAUGUGGUACCCGACAGUCAGACGCACGUUACUGUGUUUAUCGAAACUCUACCGCUGCAUUGACCGGGCGGUUUUUCAGGGUCUGUCCCAGGAGGCGCUGUCGGCCUGCAUCGUGUCUCUACUUAAAGCUUCUGAGUUCAUCCAGAAGAACAAGACCCAGAUCGACGCUCAGCUGUUCCUCAUCAAGCACCUCCUGAUUAUGAGAGAGCAGAUCGCACCGUUUCACACCGACUUCGCCAUUAAAGAAAUCUCACUGGACCUGAAGAAAACCAGAGACGCUGCGUUUAAGAUCCUGAACCCCAGAGCCGUGCCGAAAUUCUUCCGUCUCAACAGCCACAACGCCAUCCUGGAGUUCCUGCUCGAGGGAACUCCAGAGAUCAAAGAGCACUACAUUGACUCGAAGAAGGACGUGGACCGACACCUGAAGUCCAGCUGUGAGCAGUUCAUCCAGCAGCAGACCCGCAUGUUCGUGGGAAAUCUGGAGGAGUUUCUCACCAAGGUGACUGCGUUGAAGGCGAUGGCGGUGGGAGGAGGGCCGAACUACCAGCUCUCCCAGCAGCCCUGGGCUCAGCCUGCUAAGAUCAACGACCUGGUGAUGUCCACGUAUCGCGUGAUGAAGACUAAACUGCCUCAGACGUUACAGAGCAUGACGCUGUACCUGGCGAACCGAGACACCGAGUUCAUCCUGUUCAAACCCGUCAGGAAUAACAUCCAGCAGAUGUUCACGAAGCUCCACAAACUGCUGCAGGAGGAGUACAGCGGGGAGGACCUGCAGAUCAUCGCCUGUCCCUCCAUGGAACAGAUCAACCUGUUGCUGUCGGUGAGUAAGUAGAGGAGACGUGCGCGCGCUGGAUGGAGGUGAGGAGGACCGCGAGCUCGUCCCCAGCGCAGGACGGGAGGAUGAACCUGUUACACACCGCGUCUCACUUUUACACUAACACGUUUGUAUAUAAACAGGAACUGGAGCAGUGAGCUGCUGUAACGUCCUACUGUAGACACACACACACACACACACACACACUUUCCGGGGGAACAGGGCGCUUCGUGUACAGGUCCAGAGUCCAGAGCAGCGCCUCGUCCUGUUUCCAUGGAAACGGUGUGUCACCACACUGCCGUCUCUCCUCCUGGCGCCUGAGCGUGUGUCGUGAGGAGUGCAGGAGCAGAGUGCAUUGUGGGAGGUCAGAUUUUUAUUAGUGUGUUAAGUUUUUAUAAUAUAUUGUGAUGAAUGUAAAUGUACAGAUCGAAGCUCACACUGAUGUUUAUUCUCCACACAAAGUUAAUAAACCGACAAGACGACAA